AGAAGAAGCAGCAGAAGAAGAAGAAGAAGAAGAAGAAGAAGAAGAAGAAGAAGAAGAAGCAGCAGAAGAAGAAGCAGAAGAAGAAGAAGAAGAAGAAGAAGAAGGAGCAGCGGAAAUAAAGAAGCUUAGGCAGAUUUUCUUAAAAAUGAAAAAUGAGUGAAAUGAAAACGGAGUUCUGAUGAGGAUUUAACCGGAGGACUGUUUCUUCUUCUGCGUGUGAAACACGAGCAGCUUGUUCAUGUCUGAGGAGGCUGCAGGAGCAGAGCGAGGCGCGGAGGAGGAGGAGGGGAGGAGGAGGAGGAGAAGGAGCUGGAGGAGAGGGAGGUGAAGAGGGAGGAGGAGGAGGAGGGGUGACCAGAGGAACCCCCACCAAAGGUCCUGUAUACUGUAUCUGCAGGAGACCAGACAUCAACUGUUUCAUGAUAGGGUGUGACAGCUGCACUGAGUGGUUUCAUGGAAACUGUAUUGGAGUUUCAGAAAAAGCAGCUAAAGCCAUCAGAGUCUGGUACUGUCCGUCCUGCAGAGACAAAGACUCGUCUCUGGAGAUUAAAUUCCGUCCGAAGAAGACCAAGGAGAAGGAGGAGAAAGAGUCGGAGCCAGAGAGGGAGGACAAACCUGACGGAGACGGGAGCUCCACCCCCCAGCCCAAGAUUGACAAGAGGCGGGGCUCACAGAUCAAGCGUUCGGCCAGGAUGUGCGGAGAGUGCGACGCCUGUCUGAGGACGGAGGACUGCGCUCAGUGCGACUUCUGCAAAGACAUGAAGAAGUUCGGAGGUCCAAACAAAAUCCGACAGAAGUGUCGACUGAGGCAGUGUGAGGUCCGAGCCCGGAAGAUGCUUCGGGUCAAAGACGAGGAGAUCGGUCGGAGCGGCGGCAGGGGGCGGGGCCUCCAGAGGAAAGGGGCGGGCUAUCAGACAGAGGAUGAGGAGGAGGAGGAGGAGGAGGAGGAGGAAGGCGUGUUCAGUGAGAGUGAGCUGGAGCUGUAUGAGCAGUACAAAGCUGCUGGAUACAGAGACCUGGUGUGGCACAGCGAGGAUGAGGACGCCCAGUCGGACUCUCUCAGGAAGAAGGCGGUGAAGGUGAAACAUGUCAAGAGACGAGAGAAGAAGACGGAGAAGAAGAAGUCUGUCUCUGCUCCUAAAGAGGAGGCGAAGCCUCGUCGUCACAAAGUGAAGCAGCGUCACAGGGAGCGCGUGCGGCACAGCGAGCGAGGAGGAGAGGUCGGGGCUAAGGAGGUGGGCGGGGCUCUGAGGCAGUGUCUGGGUCCAGGAUGCGUCCAACCGGCGAGGAUCAACUCCAAAUACUGCUCCGAGGACUGCGGCAUGAAGCUCGCGGCCAAUCGUAUCUAUGAGAUCCUUCCUCAGAGGAUCCAGCAGUGGCAGCAGAGUCCGUGCGUUGCCGAGGAGAUGGGACGGAGACAGCUGGAGCGAAUCAGGAAGGAGCAGCAGGCGGCGAGGCUCCGCCUCACGCUGAUGGAGAAACGUUUCCACGAGCUCGAAGGAAUCAUCGCCAACGCCAAACAGCAGCAGGUCCAACAGCACGAGGAGGUGACUGAAGGAGACGGCGAUGACACAGACCUUCAGAUCUUCUGUGUCUCCUGCAGUCAUCCCGUCAACCCGAAGGUGGCGCUGAGACACAUGGAGCGAUGCUACGCUAAGUAUGAGAGUCAGACAUCGUUUGGUUCCAUGUACCCAACACGUAUAGAGGGAGCGACCCGGUUGUUCUGUGAUGUGUAUAACCCUCAGAGUAAGACGUACUGUAAGCGGCUCCAGGUUCUGUGUCCUGAACACUCCAGAGAUCCAAAGGUCCCAGCAGACGAGGUGUGUGGCUGUCCUCUGGUGAAAGACGUCUUUGAGCCGACAGGAGAGUUUUGUCGAGUGUCUAAGAGGAAGUGUAACAAACAUUACUGCUGGGAGAAACUUCGCCGCGCGGAGGUCGACCUGGAGAGAGUCCGAGUGUGGUAUAAGCUGGACGAGCUGUUUGAGCAGGAGAGGAAUCUGAGGACGGCGAUGACGAAUCGAGCCGGUUUAUUGGCUCUGAUGCUGCACCAGACCAUCCAACAUGACCCAAUCACAACUGACCUGCGCUCUGCCAAGGACAGGUAGACAGUAAGACAGGCAGACAGACAGGCAGACAGACAGGUAGAUAGAUAGACAGGUAGAUAGACAGGUAGAGGGAUUCAUUAAAAGUAUAUUUCUAUUUUAAAUGUGUUUGAAUGAAGGAACAGAAUGCAUUGUGGGAAGCAGAGGCAGCGUACAGAAGCACAUUCCAUCCACCAGAGGGACAGACGUGGACUCGUCUCACGAACACAAGAAAUGUCUCAGAAUUACGCGUUAGUUUCAUCGGAGUUAUGAGAGAAGGAUCUCGAUCAGGUUACGAUAAGAUUCCGACAUAAAAUCUGGUAAUUGUGCGACGAA